UUCAUUGGUUUUCACCAAUGAAGUUAAAAGAAAGGGAAAGAUAAGGUUAUGGCUUAGAUAGGAUCCAAGUAAGCACAGAUGUAAUGUAUUGUUAAAACAUAAACAAAAAACGUUAGUCAAGGGUUGCAUCAAUUAUUUUCUAAGCAAAGACUAGUCUAUCUCGACAAGAAAGCGAAAAGAAAUCCCUAAAUAAUUAAAAUCUAACAACUGAUAAUAUUUAUAAUAAUGAUGAUUAGAGGGUGAGUUUCAACACCUCUCUUUCCUGGUUUCUUCAUCUUCAUUAAUGACCCUACACUGAUUACGUGUCAUCAUCAUAUUCAACAAGUUUAUAUAUACGCUAUGCUAGUGAACGAAUUAAGCUACAACCCCUUGCUGCACUUGCUAAAAAACUCACUAAACCUUCCCAAAUAUUAGUAGUUAAUUAACUAAUUAGAGAUAUGAUGUGAGCUUGAUUAGAAUUAAUGGCUGUCCUUGCUUCUUGUUGGUUGAUCAUUGAAUCCAUUAUCAUCCCAAAUGGAUUUUUGAAGUGGUUUUAUUUAAGCUUCUAUAUCCAUCCUGUUUUUCUUUUCCUUUGCCAGAUUUUUCUUUGGCUUAAAACACUAUUGAAAUGGGUUUUAAUUUUCUUUUCUUACCCUUUCAAAAUCAUUUGUUUUCUUGGUUUAUUUAUUUUUGAGUUUUUCAAGAAUUGUGUCAUCUAUGUUUUUUCAUUCACUAAAAUGGCCAAUAAUAAUGAAGCCAUAGAAGAAGAAGAAGAAGAAGAAGAAGAGGUUGAGAGUUUUGCACUUGCACAGAAUUGUAAUGAAAAAGAAACUAUUGCUUUUUACAGUUUUUCAAGUAUAAUAGCACCAAUUUCUUGCCAAGAAAAAGUAUUCCAACUUGAGAAAAGUUAUGGGUUUGAAGAGGGUAAUAACUUUGAGGAUGAUCUUCAAGUUUCAUAUGGGGAUAAAAAUAUAAAAGAAGAAAGAUUGUUUCUUGAUGAAGAUAAGAGUACGAUAAGUGAUUUAUCUUCUAUUUGUAGUUCUGAAUCAUCCUCUACUGUUUCUUUUAAAGUGGAGAGUUUCUCAUAUUGGAGACCUCAUUGUAUCCUUGAACCAUCUACAGAGGAUGCAGAUUUAAAUGAUGGCAUGUCAUCCAUUUGUAGCUCUGAUUCACCACCUGCAGCCAACAGUCUUGACUUGAUUGAAAACCCACCAUUGAUUUUCAGCCCUAAUUUACUGGCUGAAAAUCAAGAUACAAAUGAAUCACCAGCAAUGGAAUUAGAAGUAUCUAAAAUUGGAUUUGAAGAUCAAGAUUUUGAUGCAUUCUAUAAUAAAUACGCUGAAAGAAUGAGAUGGUUCGAUGUCCUAAAUUACGAGCGAACAUGUGGAAUAAGUACAAUCUUGAACAAGCAAAUAGGUACUCCAAAUUCAUUUGAGAGUAUUGAAGAUGAGGAUUUCUCUGUCUCCCCUUAUAUGUCAUGGGAUAAAAGAGCAAGAAAGAGGCUUCUAAGAAGCAUAGAAAGUGAUUUUGAACUUGUUUAUGUAGCUCAAUCAUGCUUGUCAUGGGAAGCCCUACACCAUCAAUACAGAAAAGUUGAAGCUCUUGCAAUCACUACCUCUCAAAAUGGGAUAUUUUCUCAUCAUGUGGCUGAAGAAUUGCAGAAGUUCAAAGUGCUUUUGGAGAGAUUUAUGGAAGAUGAAAGAUUUGAAGGCAAAAGGGUGUGGAAUUAUGUUAGAGGAAGAUUUUCCUUCAAGAGCCUUCUUCAAGUCCCCAAGGUUUCAGGAUUUUUUGAGCAGGCAAAGGAGGAAAUGAAAAUAGAAGGCAUAAAUGUUAAAGAAGUCCUGAAAGCCAUAGAGAGGUGCAUACUAGUUUUUUGGGUAUUUGUAAAAAUUGACAACAAAAAGUCUUGGUGGAAAUUCAGAAGUUCCUUAUGGACGUAUCCACCUGUGGAGGACCCUAGAGAUUUGAAAUUAUUAGUUGAUCUCACUAGAAAUCUCCAAAAGAAGGAACUAUGGUUGAAAGAUUCACAAGGAAAGCAAAGGUGCUGGUUCAGGAAAGUGGUAAAACCCUUGGAAGAGUCCCAAAGAAAGGAUCUUUUGUUUACAAUGAUAGACAUAAAGUUGGUAUCAAGAGUUCUACAACUGUCUGUAAUCUCCUCGACCCAACUCAAAUGGUGCCAAGAAAAGCUGGACAAUAUUGAGUUCAAAGAAGGGAAGAUUGUUAGGGCUUGCUCCUCUGGCCCCUUGUUUCCUCCUUGAUGUUCUUGCACAAGUGGUGGAACCCAUUUUUUUUAAGGGUUUUCAUUUAACCAAAUGUUUGCUCCACAAAAAAGAUUAUGUAUUUUUUUCUUUUAAAGUGACUAUUGUAUGCAUGUAUAUAGUGUGUAUAAAUGAACAG